GGAAGAAAUUGCAAACUUUUGGAGGGUGAUACGGUUACUGUAGUUUGAGCACUCUUCUUACACAUACAUGGAUUGUCAAUGAGCACAUGCGGCUGACGAAUAUGAAGUUUGCACCCACAUGAUCCGCCAAGAUGAGUGUGGCCAUCGGCGAUAAAAUUGAGGAUUUUAAAGUCCUCACACUUCUUGGAAAGGGAUCUUUUGCAUGUGUGUAUCGGGCUAAAUCAGCCAAGACUGGUCUGGAGGUUGCGAUUAAAACGAUUGACAAAAAGGCCAUGCACAAAGCUGGCAUGGUCCAGCGGGUCACAAAUGAGGUGGAGAUUCACUGUCGACUGAAACAUCCCUCAGUACUGGAGCUGUACAACUACUUUGAAGACAGUAACUAUGUGUACUUGGUGCUGGAGAUGUGUCACAAUGGGGAGAUGAGUCGGUAUCUCAAAGACCGGAAGAUGCCUUUUUCUGAAGAUGAUGCGAGGCAUUUCAUGAAUCAGAUUGUUAGAGGAAUGCUAUAUUUACACACCCAUGGCAUUCUCCACCGGGAUCUUACGCUGUCCAACCUUCUUCUGACCACUAACAUGAACAUUAAGAUCGCAGACUUUGGCCUGGCCACGCAGCUCAAGCUGCCCAAUGAGAAGCACUUCACUAUGUGCGGGACACCCAACUACAUCUCCCCUGAGGUGGCCACCCGCAGUGCGCAUGGUUUGGAGUCAGAUGUCUGGUCCCUCGGGUGUAUGUUCUACGCCUUCCUGAUGGGGCGCCCUCCCUUUGACACCGAUACGGUCAAACACACUCUCUCUAAGGUAGUUCUGGGGGAGUAUGAGAUGCCCACCCAUGUGUCUAUGGAGGCCCAGGAUCUGAUCAAUCAGCUGCUGCAGAGGGACCCUGCUCAGCGGCCCAGCCUGUCUGCUGUGUUGGACCACCCCUUCAUGACCCACAGCCUCCUGUCGCGCACUAAAGAACUCAGCCUUGACCAGGAAGGCUCCCUGGACAGCGGCAUUGCCACAAUCUCCACUGCGUAUCUGUCCUCUACUUCAACCAGCAGCAACAGCCGUCUACACAAGAAAGCCCGACAUGUGAUUGGCUCUGCUCUGCCCAACCGCAUGACCUCCAUACUUCCCCGGCAGCCCACCAGCUUCACCAACACAGAGACGUGGCAGCAGCAGAAUCCUGGCAGGUUUGAAAGAGAGGGCAGGAGCAGAGGGCAGGGGGACAGUGUACAUACUUGUUACUCAAGGAGGGCUCACUCCUCAGAACGCUUUGCCUCUGCUGCCCUCUCCCAAAGCUCCAGUCGCUGUGAUCUGGGCCGGUGUCACUCUGAGGAAAGCCUAAGUGACUAUGGAAGACAUCUGUUUUCAGUGUCCUCCAAUCACCCGUAUCCAGAAGAGGGCAGAAGACUCCCCUCUCCUCCAGUCAAACAGUCGGUCAGUACUGCAUAUUCUCUACCCACAGAAUGUGCUCCUGUUCCAAGCAUCCAAUUUCAAGACCCAAAUUGGCCCAACAAAGAUGGUUCUGGUCUAAGAGCCACAGACACAAGUGCACACAGCAGUGGGGGCAGUUUUCACAGUGGGAGGGGGCCAUUAGGAGUUCACAACUCUUGGACUGAUGCCCCCUCAGGCAGAGGAGGGAACCACAACCUGCCUUUCUCACAGCACCAGAACCCAGAUGUGUACAGGGAGAACAAUCCAGAGCCAGAGCUUUCCCUGCACAGCCGAGUUCCCAAGCCCCACGCACUAAAGCCCGCUGUGGAGAAGGAUAAGAAAACACUCCGAGACAUUGUACCUCUACUGUCAGCUGCCAGACUGAAGCCCAUCAGACAGAAAACCAAGAACGCUGUUGUGAGCAUUCUGGAGACUGGCGAAGUGUGUAUGGAACUAGUGAAACAUGUCAGCGGCCAGGAGAGGGUUAAAGAGGUACUCCGGAUAUCUAGUGAUGGGUCAAUGGUAACGAUUUAUCAGCCUAAUGAUGGGAAGGGUUUUCCUGUCCUCGACCACCCUCCUGCUCCUCCAGAGAACAUUCUCAUCUGCAGUUAUGAUGACCUUCCAGAAAAAUACUGGAAGAAAUACCAGUAUGCAUCCAAGUUUGUUCAGUUAGUCAAAUCCAAGACUCCAAAGGUCACCCUCUACACAAAGUAUGCUAAGGUGAUGCUAAUGGAGAACUCCCCAAAUGCAAACCUGGAGGUUUGCUUUUAUGAUGGAGCAAAAACUCACAAGUCCUCGGAGCUGCUGCAGGUGGUGGAGCGGGGUGGGAAGUCGUACACGGUGAAAGGGGAGGUGGGGCUGGGCGGACUGAGCGCUGAUAGCCGCAGGUAUGUGGAGUUGUCGGACCAGGGCCACAGUAUGUGUCUAUCUCUAGAAGCAGCCAUCACUGCAGAGGAGCAGAGGAGCACCCACAAGAUCCCCUUCUUCCCCAUCACCAUCGGCAGAAGACCAGCUAACCCUGAUUCUCAGAGCUCCCCUGCAGUUCCCUCUCAGCCAACUCCUGAGUCAGUUUCCCCUCAGCAAGCUCUGCAAAUAAACCCUUCAAUGAUUUCUUAUAAUGGCUCUGACUUCACUACCGCCAGUGUGAAUAAGAAACAUUCUCUACCCCAGCAGAACACAGGGAAAGUGGUCAAGUCCAUAUUUGUGCCGAAUGUUGGCUGGGCCUCACAGUUGACCAGUGGAGAGGUUUGGGUGCAGUUCAAUGAUGGUUCUCAGCUUGUGGUACAGGCUGGGGUUUCCUGUAUAAGCUACACAUCUCCAGAAGGAAGAGUUACUAAGUACAGAGAAAAUGAGAAGUUGCCUGAACAUGUAAAAGAGAAGCUUCACUGUCUGUCCACCAUCUUGGGACUGUUGGCAAACCCUUCCUCACAGCAGAUCCACCAGUGCUAACAGAGGACCUCCAUAGCACUCACUGUAGCAGUAGGAACUUUGUCUGUAGUCCUUGUAAAUAUCUAUGUUUUUUACAUGUACAGAAGACUUAAGAUUAUGAAGAUUUUAUUUUUUAUUAAGAAAGCCUUUGUAUAGAUGCUUCAUUGGGAUGUUUGUAUGAGCUGUUUGUCUCUUCUUUCAUGAACUUAUUUCUUCACAUUGUUGAGGGAAUAAAUAUCUCCUGUGAAUAGAUAAA